AUGGAUCCCUCCAAGGUCAAGAUCCCCCCAAUGAAAGACCUAACGGUCGACAACAUCACCGAGAAUGUUCACACAAUCAACUCCCUCUGCGAAGACGAGCGCAUGAAGUACAUCCUUGAGCGCCUUGUAACACACCUCCAUGAUUUCGCCCGCGAAACCCGCCUCAGUACCGACGAAUGGAUGACCGGUCUCCGCUUCCUGACGGAAGUUGGCCAGAUCUGUACUGAAGUCCGUCAAGAGUUCAUUCUGCUCUCCGAUGUCCUCGGUCUUUCCAUCCUCGUCGACUCAAUCGAUCACCCCAAGCCUCCCGGUUCCACCGAGGGUACCGUCCUGGGUCCCUUCCACACCCACGAUGCGGAGGAGAUGCCAGCCGGUGAAUCCAUGUCGCAUGAUCCCAAGGGCGAACCCUUGCUCGUGGUUUGCACAUUGAAGGACAUGGAGGGUCGACCAAUUGAUGAUGUGAAGAUUGAUAUCUGGGAGACGGAUAGUACUGGCCAUUAUGAUGUGCAGUAUGCGGGUCGGGACGAGCCUGAUGGUCGUUGUAUUAUGCGAUCUGAUAAGAGCGGUGUAUUUUGGUUCAAGGCCAUCACGCCUGUACCAUACCCCAUUCCCCAUGAUGGUCCCGUUGGGCGAUUGUUGACCAAGUUGCACCGUCACCCGUACCGUCCUUCGCAUAUGCAUUUCAUGUUCCAGAAGGAGGGAUAUGAUCACUUGGUCACCGCGCUAUACCUCCGCAAUGACCCCUAUGAGACCUCGGAUGCAGUCUUUGGUGUCAAGGAUUCUCUGACGGUUGACAUUGGCAAGGCUGGUCCUGAGAUUGCGAAGAAAUAUAACGUUCCUGAGGGUCAUGCCCUGCUCACCUACGAUUUUGUUCUAGUGUCUGACGCGGAGACAUUUGAGCUACGUGCUAAGAACUCCAAGACUGCGCUAGACAAGCUUGGCCGUAAGGUGAAGAUGGUGAAUGGGUUGCCCGUGCCAGAUUUGGAUUAA